CCUACCAGGUGUCCCGUCUACGAUAGCAAUCCCGUCAUGUCCGACAACUUUUGGUUCAACGACAAUGCGUUCCUGAACGGAGGCUCCAAGGCCAACGACGUCAAUGACGAUUUUCUCAACAAUAUCUUUGACCCCAACCAGGGCCAACAAACCACCCCCACCAUGAAUGCAGGCAUGGCUUCCCCCAACAUCAAUCAAGACAUUGGCCCAGCACAGCUUCUUGCCCAGCAGCAGCAGCAGCCCCCUCAGCAGCAGCAGGCUCCGCCUCAGGCCCAUAAUCUCAACCCACAGAUGUUCAUCAGACAGGCCCAGGCCCAGCAGGCUCAGCAGGCCCAGCAGGCGCAACAGUCCCAGCAACAGGCGUUGGCCCAAGCACAGGCCCAGAGCAUGGACCAGGCCAAGAAGGAGCAGCUCACCAAAAUGAGACAGCACAUCUUGCAGCAGCAGAUGCUACAAAGACAACAACAGCAGCAGCAGCAACAACAGCAACAGCAGCAGCAACAGCAGCAGCAACAGCAACAGCAACAGCAACAGCAGCAGCAACAGCAGCAGCAACAACAGCAGCAACAACAGCAGCAGCAAUCUCCCGCGAAUAUGAACCUCAUGAGCAACAACAUGUCCCCACAGGCUCCUCCACCUCCGCAAGUGGCCCAGAUGCAGUUCGAAUUGUUUGGAACCUCGCUUUACGAUUUUAUGACUCGCCGUGGAACUCCAAUCACCCAACCUCCUAUGGUCAACAACAAGAAGGUGAACUUGUUCUUCUUCCAUUUGUUAUCGCAAAAGUUAGGAGGACCUCAGCAACUCGUGAAAUGGGUUCAACAGCCAAACAUGAAUGCCCAGCAGAGUCCCUGGCUAUUGAUUGGUCAAAGACUUGGUUUGUACGAAGGAAUUGAUAUCCAGGAUCAAGGUGCCAGACAGCAAGUGGACCGUGAGAUAGGAAACUGCUACGCUAACUAUUUGUUUCCAUACGAACAAUAUUCAAGCACGCCAGAUGGCAGCAAAGACAUUCAACUGAGAAAAGUGCAAUUCCAGAAACAGAUAAUGCUCAGAUACCAACAGCAACAACAGCAGAACCCUCAGGUUCCACCUAAUCAGAAUCAGAAUAGAGCAAACACUCCACAUGCCGGCUCCCAAAUGUCUCCACCACAAGCGGGGAUCCAAUCACCAGCCAUAAAUAAUGUGCCAACGCCAGGUGUCAUGCCCCAGCAAAGUCCGCUGUUGUCCCAAGCUCCUACACCCCAACAACGUAAAUUGUCAAGAGUCAGCAACCCUUCGACCCACAACUCUCCAGCUGCCACUCAGUCGCCAUACCUUCAGAAUCUGCAGGUGAACUCAAGAUCUUCUAGCAUACAACAGGCUCAACAAUCGAGUCAACCGCAACAAGAGCAAGCUCCGGCAGCUGCUGUUUUCAACGAAACAGACGGCAAGGAAGAGCCCAACAUCAUUAAAAACUAUAUACCGUUCAACAAGAUCGUGGACACUCAUGGUGGAUACCCUAUCAAGGAAAUAUCACAAAUUGCCAGUGAAAUUGAAAUAACGAAACCCGUUUAUUUGUUUGCGCCAGAGCUUGGUACAAUUAACAUACAAGCUUUGAUAAUGGGGCUCAAGAACUCUGCGGGACCCAACAGUGGAGAUGUGUUCAAUUCUUUGAACUCGUUGUUAGUAACCACUUCUGACGUCAACUACGCCUUCAAAAUUGAUGAUUGUCUUGAGUUGAUGGAUACCUUGGCCAAACUAGGUCUUGAUGUGUUGAAAAGAAUCGUGAAUAAGAAUCAAGAACAACCUCCUUACAUCUUUGAGGAGACUACUAAUCUCAGCUCCAAUUCCAUUAUUGAGGAUGUGUUCAAUAAGUAUGUUAGCGGAGGUCAAGAUGAAAUGGUGGGAGAGGAGAUCAAUUUCGUGGUUAAUUCAUUGACAGGAGAAGUUGAGGGUGAAGAAGAAGAUGAUGAUAUGGAGGAUGUAUUUUUCAGUCCUUUAGGAAACUCGACAAACACCUCUGCUUCAAGCUCCCCAGAAUCUUCAGAUAAAUCUCCAGAGAAAGAAUUGACCUUCAACAUAACAGAUUAUAUGAGUGCACUUCAACUUUUCAAACAGGAAAAUAAGCAUCACUUUAGCAAGAUCCAGACCAAAAGUGCCAUAGAUGACCAGGUCAUGCUUGUUGACCAAUUGAUUACUAUCACUAUGAUAUUGAGAAAUAUUUCGUUCAUUGAUAUCAAUAAGCCUACUGCAGCAGAGAAUGACCACUUCAGAACAUUGAUUUUCGAGGUGGUCAAGAAUGUGGCAAUUCACAAGGACUUGUUUGUGUUCCACAGAAAGAAGUUGUGUUUAUUGAAGGACUGCCUCUUGAUGUUGGAUAACAUUGCAUACUUCGUGCACUUGAGAAGUCUCGAAGAAGCGUUCCUUUCCUUUAUCUUGGUAAGUUCUUUCGGUCCCGCAUUAGAUGAUGAUUUUGCUAUUCCAUCAAUCAGCUUGGAAACCCACUCAUACUUGCCAUUCGGAAUUGAUGCGUUCACCAAGAUUAUUGUGCGGGAGCCACACAACCGGUCUCUUAUGCAAGCGGUCUUGAAUGGUACCUUGAACAUCACCACUGCCGCAUACACCAACACCAAGCCAUUUACAAUCCAGCCCAGCGACCAGGAGCAAACCCGCAAGUUGGCGGUGGCAUACCUCAAGGGAGACGAGGAGGGAUUUAGAGCCGGGAAGCUCUUGACUAAGGCAUUCCAGACCUACAUGAGUAUUAUUCCAUUCGAUGCCAACAGCUACGAAUUUUCCAAACUCAUUUUUGUCAAAGCAACCACCAUUUCGCAAUCAUUGUUUGGGGCCAAGCUCAUCAUCGACAUGGUGUCGCUCGAAGAGACGUCGCCUACCCCUAACCUCACUGUGCAAUGGCUCAUCAAGAACAAGGAGCUUUUGUUGAGCAAUUUCUCGAGGGUUUCCAUUGCUUUGGUGUCGGAAACCGGUAAGUUUUCACGUGAGUCCAACGAGUUCAAGGUGUUGACUUUGGUACUCGUCAAGUCGUUGAUUGUGGUAAACUCGUUGGUAGGCAACUUUGUCCAGUUGGUGGAGGCCUACCGCCAGAAUCCCGAGCAGGAGCAGGUGUUGACCGGGGAAAUCAACGAGAUCAAGGGGCUUUGUCGAAUCAUGCCCGAUGCCAACAUGGCUCUCGACACCUUCCUCGCGCCCACCAUCGAUAACACCCUAGGUAAGGAGCUUAUCCGGCUCUUGGAGUUGUUGCGGGAGUUGGAGCGGGCCCAAUGA